AUGUCUAUCACAUUAGCGAAGGGUAUCAAAUUACAGAAUGACAAGACAUGGUCAUUGGAUUACAAACGAACUCCGUAUGCUAAUUUGUUAGCUGUAGCCUCGACAGAUCGUAAGAUUAAGAUUCUUAAUAUUAAACCAAAUGGUACGAAACUAGAAGAUGUCCUUGAUGGCACUGUUCAUAGAAAAGCUGUACGUUCUGUCGCAUGGAGACCUAAUACUGAUAUUAAUACUGUGACAUUGGCAGCGGGUUCAUUUGAUGCAACUGUCUCAAUUUGGACUAAAGAUAUUGCCUCUCAUGUUGCUGAGGAUGAGGAAGAAGAAGAUACUGAUAUGGCUGGUGAAUCAGAAAUGGAUUUGUUAGCAAUUAUUGAAGGUCAUGAAAAUGAGGUUAAAUGUGUUGCAUGGUCUCAGGAUGGUAUGUUACUGGCUACAUGUUCCAGAGAUAAGAGUGUAUGGAUUUGGGAAACUGAUGAAAUGGGUGAAGAAUACGAAUGUGUAAGUGUUCUACAAGAGCAUUCACAAGAUGUGAAACAUGUAGUGUGGCAUCCAACUAUGAAUUUGUUAGCAAGUUCCUCUUAUGAUGAUACCAUUAGAUUAUGGAAGGAAUAUGAUGAUGAUUGGGAAUGCGUUGCUGUAUUGACAGGCCAUGAAGGAACUGUAUGGUCAUCUGAUUUCGAGGCUAGUGAUAAUAAGCUUGAUAUCAGGUUGGCUAGUGUAAGUGAUGAUUCUGCUGUACGUAUAUGGAAAUAUAUUGAAGAAGAUGAUGAAAAUGAUGGUCAACAAGUAUGGAUCUGUCAAUCUAUUUUACCAAAAGUACAUCAUAACCAAGUUUAUAGUGUUGCAUGGAGCCCAAAGAGUGGGUUGAUUGCUACUAGUGGUUCAGAUGGUACAUUGGCACUAUAUAAAGAAACUGAAAAGGGUAGUGGAACUUGGGAAGUAGUCGCUCAGAAAGAAUUAUGUCAUGGAGUGUAUGAGGUAAAUAUUGUAAAAUGGAUAGAUGUAGAUGGACAAGAACUUCUUGCAACGGGUGGUGAUGAUGGUAGUGUUAAUAUUUGGAAUUUUAAAAUUUGA